UAAAAAGGUCUCGGCAGCCGGCGGCUCCAGCUUUUGCUGGCGGGCAGCGGGAAUUGCUUCUCCUGCGCGCUCCUCCAGGAUGGACAAAUUGCACGAGACGCUGAUAAAUAUGGAAGAUGCUUUGGGUUCAGAGCACUCUGUCUGCUUAUCUUCCUGGGACUGGAAAAACACCACCGGGGCUUUCGAGCUGCACUCUGUCUCCUCUCCACACAGCUUGUCCCCGACGCCAUCCUUUGAGUCCUACUCCUCAUCCCCUUGCCCGGCAGCAGCAGAGACCCCCUAUGGUGGUGGCAGCCUGGUGGGAUACGGCCUGGUGGACUUCCCCCCUGCCUACCUACCCAGCCCCGGGCAGGCCCGGCUGCCCAAGGGCACCAAAGUGCGGAUGUCGGCCCAGCGCCGAAGGAAGGCCAGCGAGAGGGAGAAGCUGCGGAUGAGGACCCUGGCCGACGCGCUACACACUCUGCGUAACUACUUGCCCCCUGCCUACAGCCAGAGGGGCCAGCCCCUCACCAAAAUACAGACCCUGAAGUACACCAUCAAGUACAUCAGCGAACUGACGGAGCUUCUCAACAGCGUCAAGCGGGCGUAGACCCCACCUGGAACACCUGCCCUUCUGCCCCCUGGCUCUGCUGUAAAGAGCCUUUACAAAAAACAAACAAACCCAGCAAAAUUUCUUCCUCACCGGAGCAUUGUGACACUGGGUGCCAGAGGAGCAAGAGGGAGGGGGAGUGAGGGUCACUGAUAUACAUAGGACACGAUGCUGGAAGGUGAUGUAGGAUUGCCUUAAAGCUGAGUUACAAGUUGCUGAGAUGGAAGUCUUGCUUUUUUCUUUUAUCUUUUUUUUUUUUUUUUUAAUAAUAAGCUUCUGAGAAAUUUUAAGCUUAGUCGGGUAUUAAAGUUGAAACAAAAAGCUAUCUGAGUUUCCUAGGAUUUACAUAUCACUGUUCUGACUGAUCUUCUGUUUAAUGAGGACAAUAGUAAAUCCAUAGGAUUUAAAGUGAUUUUUUUAAAAGUAAAUAAAAAAAAAUAUAAGGAUAAUAACUGUAUUGGUUUGUAGGCACUUUAAUGUUAGGACAAGGAAGAACAUGUAUAGCUAGUUCAAGUGUUGUCUAUUUAUCCACAUUUCUGCUGUACCUAAAAAUCGAGAAACAGAGUAAUAGUAAGAAAAUCUUUGCUCAUAAACAAAUACAUAUCAAUGUCAUAGUCUGUAUCUUGUGUUAUAUAUCUGAUAAAUAGGUAAAAUCUAGCCAUGACUACUAAAUACUGGAACUGAAAUAUAAGCUGUCAUUGUGUAUAGAUAAAUUACUGUCAAAUUCUAUCUUCUGUAUUAAUAUAUACAGAAACGUAUAUUAUUUCUGUAUUUAAUCUAUAAAACUCUUCACUUCUAUGUCUAAUAAAUUGCAGAAGACGUUUUUAAAUCAACUUUCUAGAACAAAUAAGGCUGAGUUCUUUUCCUCUUCUUUCUCCUCUCUGGCAUGAGAUAAAUUGAUUCGGAUAUCAGAAAAAUGCAAAGUUUUAUCCUCAAGGUAUACUGAAAUGUAGGACUCUGACAACCAUAACAUUUCCUUAAUAAAAGCUGUCAUGUCAGACAUUUCCUACAACCAGUAACAGUCCUGUAAAACACACCCAUUAAAAUUAAAAAAAAAAAAAAAAAAAA